UUCAUUCGCCGCGCAAACGGCGCAACGCGAAAUCUACAUCGACCGGCCUAAGUGACAUGGCGUUACUUUAGCGCGAUUUAAUUCCGAUUUCUUUUGUAUAAAUCCCAAAGAAGUACGCUGUUUUUGUAUCAAUCAUAGCCAUCAUAUGAACGCAUCAUGAGUACAUUGGAUAUAAAUAAAAUGGAGGGCGAGGAAGAAAAUAAAACGCCCGAUAAGAAACAAAUCGAGGCGGAAGAAAAGGAGGUAAUGUUGAAGACAGAGAGCGAGAACAAUGAAAUAAAUGCUGAAAUAAAGGCAGAGGGUGAGGGGCUGGUGAAGGCGGCGCUGUCACAGGAGGUCAUUGAGCAGGGCAGGGAGGUCAAACCCAAGUUUAUUCCCAUUGGUGCCAUUAAAAUGCCCGGGUUUUUCACCAGAAACUCUGACAAACCUAAGGACGAUGAAGUGAUUGAGAAGGAUGCGGAGAAUGAGAAGGCGGAGGAGAGCAAGCCCAAACGCAGCCACUUCCAGUUCCUGCACACAUGCCCCUUCACCAAGUUCCUGCACCACCCCACCCAGAAUGAUAAAGACGACCUGAUCGUGGGCGCGGUGGUGCUGCUGGUGCUGUUGGCCGUGGUGGUCGGCGUCAUCGUGGGCGCCAGCGCCGGGCCGCCCGCGGAGCGCCCGCUGCGGCUCGGCCGCUACAUGACCACGCUCUCCUCCUGCGGGCCCGUCGAAGGUAUCUUGGAUGAAGGCGUGUACAAGUUCUACAGCAUUCCUUACGCCGUGCCGCCCAUCGGAGACUUGAGGUUCACGUAUGCUCAGCCACUUAAUAACAUAUCGCUGUGCUGGAAUGGCACUCUUCAAACCCACAAGCCUGGGCCGCUCUGCAUGCAGUUUAAAGAAAACGAACGAACUAUUAUAGGCGAAGAAGACUGCUUAACGCUGGAUGUGGUCACUCCUCACGUCAGGUACGAUUCUCGUCUGCCGGUGGUCGUUCUGAUAGGAGCCGACACCCUUGCCGGCGGCAUCAGUCCCGCUCAACCGUCCGCUCUGUACGCCCGCACCAAGGAGGUGGUUUUCGUGCGACCCAAUUUCAGACUCGGACCCUUCGGGUUUUUGGCUCUCGACAUUCUUUCCAAAACCAAAUAUCCGGAGACCUCGGGCAACUACGGCCUGAGCGAUCUACUAGUCGCGUUACGAUGGGUGAAGUUGAAUAUUCAACACUUCGGCGGCGACCCCGACUCCGUGACGCUGCUUGGGCACCGCGCCGGCGCCACGCUCGCCGCCGCGCUCACCACCGUGUCCAAAGCUCAGAAGUUGUACUCUAGAGCUUUCCUUUCUUCCGGCUCCGUCAUAUUCCCCGGCAAACACCUGAAAGAUUCAUACCCACUAAAUGAGGAAUUCAAACAGAACAGCAAAUGCAACGACGCCGCCUGUCUACGCCGCAUGAAGCCGGAGGCGGUGAUGACGGCCGUGCCGGCCUCGUGGCUCGGCUCCGACGUCGGCUCGCUUCCGAAGACGAACGAGAUGAAACACUCCUGGCUGGUAAUGGACGGCGUGUUCGUGACGCGCCACGCCUUCGAGGCCUGGGACGUCCAGAAGGAGUCGAAAGAGACCGGAAAGGAGCGAGCGUUCAAGCCGAUGGUGUUCGGAACGACGGCGCACUCGGGCCACUCGGACCUCCUCCGCAUGAAGCACCUGAACUGGACCGCCGAGCACGUGGAGAGCGUCGUCAACGACAGCGUGCUCGGCGACAAGAACCUGACCGGCGCGGUGUACGGGCACGUGAACAGGACGUACGCGGGGCUGGUGGAGCUGGUGUCGGCGGUGCGCACGCUGUGCCCGCUGGUGAGCCUGGCGCGGCUGCGGCUGGGCGCGCCGCUGUACGUGGUGACGCGAGCGGGCGCCGGCGCGGCGGGCGCGGGGCUGGCGGCCGUGGACGCGGACCUGGAGGCCAUCCUCGGCACCUUCGACUCGGAGGUGGUGGAGCAGCGGCGCUUCAUGGCCGCCAUGCAGCAGCUGUUCUACUACUUCGUGUGGAACGGCCGCCUGCCCGCGCCCGAGACCGGCCUCAUGGAGGUCGGCCAGGACGUGCUGCCGCUGCACGGCCUGCCGCUCUGCGACCUGCUCAUCAGAGAGGACAUAGUGCCGAGGUAUGCUCACGUCGAUUAGUCUCGCGUGGAUCGGGGCUCCACAAUCCUUUGAUAAAAAACACUUCGUAGUUCUCAGUCGUCAGCGUCAAAAGGGUUGGGAGGCCCUGCUCAAUUAUUAUCCUUAUGUUUGUUGCGUUGUCUUAGCUAGAAAUCACAGUCAGGCGCUGCUUUAAAGAAUCAUUUUUUAAUUUAAUACACGCAUGAAAGUAAGCACCUAACUUAAAACGUUGAUUUGUUUUCCUUAACUUGUCUGUAAAUGUGAAAGCAGGUCAUCUACAUUGUACUAUAUACUAAUACGAUUAGGUACUUACAACGGCCAUACACUAAUGACCAGUAGCUAAUAGCUAGCCGUAUUAGGAUUUUUAUCUUAAAUAGUUACAAAAUGAAAUUCCAAACCCCAAUGAGACUGAUAUCAUUAUUUUCAUUAAAAUACUCAAAAUAUUGAUCUCCGUAAUUUACCAUUUAUUAUGUGAUUUGUAAUUUUUCACCAGUGUUAAGUAUUAAGUAUGACUUUCGCUUAAUUAUUAAAGGAUCUUAACGAAUCUACAUGUAAUGUAAUUAGCUCUAAGAUUAAUUUGUAAGGUCCGAGGACGCCCAUCUAAUUCUGCAUAAAACCAAAGUAUUUUGAAUAAGUUGUCACGUAAGAUGUAUUUAUUAUAGUAAUUUUAGCUUUUUUGUGGUUGAUAUAUGACCAAAAAGUACAAUAGCACCUAGUCACGUGUUAUCAUAGUUAACAACAGUCAUAGUUCUUCAGAAGCUAGUUUUAUUUAACUACACGAUCUUGUUGGCAAGUAUUUCCUAAUAAUUAAACGUGCAAAUAACUAGUCAAUUUUUAGAGACAUUUGUCUCUAUAAAUAACUAUGCAUUAAAUUGACUGUUUACAAUUUAGGUGUACGGUAAAUUUUGGUAGACUACAUAUUAACUUACCAAACAAAUCGAGCAUUGGAGCUGGUAUUGAAGGGUGUCCUUGGGUAUACAUACAUGCAUGUUUGUAUGUCUGUGUCCAUAUCUACACAUAGUUAAUGAAUGUGAUUUGAUUUUAAGUCUGAUAAUUCCAAAGAGUGAUUUUUUUUGUACACUAUAGGUAAUUUAUGUUUUAGUUCAUGCUUAGAUAGAGUAUUUGUAAGAAUUUGUACUUGUGUAAAGGGUCAUGAUGACUUAAACAUGUCGUUGUGCUCGCAAAUGCUGCAAUCAUAGAAGUAGCACCCUAUAAAAGUGGUAUACGCGUGCCUCUGUGAGUAAAAACACGUUUUAACGUUCCUGACAAUAUACCCAAGAACCAUCUACGUAAUUCGGUCGGGUUAUUUGUUGCCCACCAUAAACCAUACUAAAUUUUUGGUGGGGAACAAACAAAAAGUGAGACUAUGACAAGGACAAGCAAUAAUACCGCUUUCUCUGCUACUCCUACUGAAAGUUCCAUAAGUGCAUCUCGUUCGGUCAUUUGGCCCCUCCCCCAUGUUCUCUCUAUAUUAUUGUACCUCUAUGACUGCACGUCAUCAUGACGGCUUGCGUGUGCGCGACGUGCAAUGUUGGAACCGAACACGUCACGCAAGCGGUGUGCCCUCUCUCAUAAGGAUCUGUAUACUACAACGCCGCACGUGCACGUCACGCCCACGUAGACGGUGUGCACAGGCCUUUAGGAAUAUUUGGUACUUUGCUAGCACAACGACACGAUGUCUGUUACUCUCAUUCUCUUGCCAAAUAAUUUGGUUGCACUAGGCAGCUUGUUGACAGCUUUCGUAAUUUUGUAAAUUUAAUUAAUAAAUGAAAUCUUAAGACUGA